AUGGGUGCCUCCGUGAGCUGUAUACGCCGCAACCAGCUCCUGGUGAGCCCUCCCGUGGUUGCCAAGAACGAUGGAGCUUUGAAAAUUGGCAUCUUGGGCGCGGCAAACAUUGCACCUAUAGCGCUCGUCAAUCCGGCCAAGAGCAACCCAAAUGUCAUCGUGUCGGCUGUCGCAGCGCGUGACAAGACCAAGGCCAUCGCGUUUGCCAAGAAGCACAGCAUCGAGAACGUCAAGGACAGCUAUGACGCUGUCUUGGACGAUCCCUCUAUCGACGCAGUCUACAUUCCCCUCCCCAACGGCCUUCACUACGAAUGGGCACUCAAGGCCCUCAACAAAGGGAAACACGUCCUCCUUGAAAAACCCUCCACCUCCAACGCCCAGGAAGCCGAGGCACUCUUCCAUGCCCCGGUGCUCUCCCGGCCCAACAACGCCCCUGUCCUCCUCGAGGCCUUCCACAGCCGCUUCACCCCUGCCCUCGCCCUGUUCAAGUCCGUGCUCGACCAGCCCAACAUCGAGCACGCCGUCGCCCGAGUCAGCAUCCCGUCGCUCCUGUUCAACGAGGACGACAUCCGCUUCCAGUACGACCUGGCGGGCGGCGCGCUCAUGGACCUCGGCACGUACACCGUCGCGUUUCUUCGGGAGACGUUUGGAGUCGAGCCCACCGAGUGUCUUGCUGCGGAUCUGACGAGGAUGCCGCCGCCGCACGAGAAGUGUGACGGGAGCUUCAAGGCCACGCUGCGCUUCCCGAACGGCGGCACGGGGGAAAUCGAUGGGACCCUGAGGGGCUCGAAUAUUUUCUUCACCCAGGGCUGGCCGUCUAUUACGGUCACGCAUAGGCCUGUGGUGGUCACUGACCACGGCGAGCAGGUGGGCGAGGGCUGUGAGGUGAAGAAGACCCGCAGCGUGUACUUUGCAAACUUCAUGCUGCCCCCCCAUUAUCACCGUGUUGACAUCGUGGACGAGUUUGUGGUCGUCAAAGGUGACUCGCAGGUCGUGAAGAAGUUCACCAAGAAGGAGACGAAGAAGGCCUACACAUGGAAGGAAAUGGGGCGCGACUUGCCCAGUGAGCCGUGGUAUUCGACCUACGGAUAUAUGCUGGAGCAGUUUGUCAACAAGAUCAGGGGCCAGGAGGGCACUGGGAUAUUUAUUUCCCAUGAGGACAGCAUUGCUCAGAUGAAGGCCCUCGAUAUGAUUUAUGAAAAGUCGGGGCUGGGCCAACGUCGAGCCUCCAUUCAUAGGCUAUGA